GCCAGCACUGAUGCAGGGACAGCAGGAGCCCUGACCCCACAGCAUGUCCGAGCUCACUCGUCUCCAGCGUCGCUGCAGCUGGGAGCCGUUUCUCCAGGGACGCUCGCACCCUCUGGAGUGGUGGCUGGACCUGGAGCUCCAUCUUCCCAACACCUCCGCCAGUCUUCGUUUGAGAUCCCCGAUGACGUCCCGUUGCCACCGGGCUGGGAGAUGGCCAAAACACCGUCUGGGCAGAGAUACUUCCUCAAUCACAUUGAUCAAACAACAACGUGGCAAGAUCCUAGGAAGGCCAUGCUUUCCCAGAUGAACGUUACAGCUCCCACCAGUCCUUCGGUGCAGCAGAACAUCAUGAACUCAGCAUCAGGCCCACUCCCCGAUGGAUGGGAACAAGCUAUGACCCAGGAUGGAGAAAUUUACUACAUAAACCAUAAGAACAAGACCACAUCUUGGCUAGACCCAAGGCUUGACCCACGCUUUGUUUCCAGUGAUGAGCUGACGUUAAAAAGGAGCGUGGAAGAGGCUUUAAUUGACAGAGAUGAAUCUUAUUUCUCAGGACUAUUUCGUACUCCUGUAAAUCGUACAGUCUAA